AUGGCGGGUUGUGGUAGUAGUUGUGACCGAGGAAGUUCGCCGGAGCACCAGACUUUUCGGCAUCCAUCGGAGCAGCAGCAGCCAGCGAAUUUGGAAGCGCGUCCAGACAUUCCCGACUGUGAUCCAGUGGCGGUAGUGAACGAUGUAAGAGUAAGGUCAUGUCCUCAGGGGGGAGGGGGGAGAGGGGGGCUGGGGUGGGUCCAAGGGUGGAAGGGGGGUAAGAAAGUCUCUAGGUUGAGAAUUGGGUCUUGGAACAUUGGGACGUUGACGGGGAAGUCUAUAGAGUUAGCUAAGAUUCUUCAGAGGAGGAAGAUCAACAUAGCGUGUGUUCACGAGACUAGAUGGAAGGGUACCAGGGCACGGAAUGUAGACGGGUUUAAACUAUGGUACUCAGGGAGCGCAGGGGGCAAGAAUGGGGUAGGUAUUCUAGUAGACAGGGACCUUAGGGAGCUCGUGGUUGAGGUUAGGAGGGUAAAUGAUAGGUUGAUGAGUAUUAAGUUGGUAGUUGGUGGGACUGUAAACGUGAUUAGUGCAUACACUCCUCAGGUAGGUUUGAACCAGGAGGUCAAGAAGAAAUUUUGGGAUGAUUUGGACGAGAUGGUGCGUAGUAUCCCGCACACAGAGAAGUUGUUCAUUGGCGGAGAUUUCAAUGGUCAUAUUGGGGCUAGUUCUAGGGGUUAUGAUGAUGUGCAUGGCGGGUACGGUUUUGGGGAUAGGAAAGAGGGAGGUAAUUCACUGUUGGAGUUUGCUGGAGCUUUUGAUUUGGUUAUAGCUAACUCGAGUUUCCCGAAGAGGGAAAAGCACCUGGUCACUUUCCGAAAUUCAAUGGGCAAGACUCAGAUUGAUAACCUUCUCUGCAGGAAAUGCGAUAAAGGUCUGUGCACUGACUGCAAGAAUGGAGAGGUUCAAGGUAAAGUAGAAGCUAAGAAAGCUGCUUAUUUGAAGCUAGUAGAGAGUACAAACGAGGAGGAAAAAAGGAGUUAUCGGGAGUGUUACAUAAAGGCAAAGAAGGAGGCAAAGUUAACAGUUACGACGACUAAAAAUGCAGCAUUUGCUCAUUUGUACGAGGAGCUCGAGGGCAAAGGUGGGGACAAGAGGUUGUAUCGGUUGGCCAAGGUGAGGCAGAGGAAAGCCCGUGACUUGGACUAA